AUGCCAAUCGCGCGUUUAUUCGAAUCACAAUCUCCCGGUCGUUCCCGUCCGUUCUUUACCGCGUCCACCCUUUACCGAGUACAGAAGUAUGAGAAAGUGGAGGGAGGCAAGGCAGAGGCGAAGCGGGCAGCUAAGGAGCAGUCGAAGAAAGCCAAAAGGCUCAAGUUGGACCCAGCAGCAGCGCAGCGCACCUCCCAGGCGCUGCAGGCGCGGCAGCAGCAGCAAGAGCAUGGGGGAGGGCGCGGAGGGGCGGGCGGAUUUGGGGGAGGUGGUUUCGGGUCAGGAGGAGGGGGAGGGGGGGAAGGGAAGAAAGGAGGGAAGGGGGAGAUGGACGAUCCGAUGGAUCAACUGUUGAAGGAAGCAGGAGUGGGCAGGAAGGGGCGAGCAGCAGACUAUCAGGAGCUGAGAGCACGGCUGCAGCAGCGACUGGAGCAGCUGAGGAAGCGGAGGAACGCGGAGAGAGAGAACCAGAGGGAGGGCGGUCUAGAAACUUCUGGACCAUCAUUUUCCCUGUCUCCCUGUGCCCUUGCCCCUUUGUUCCUUUCAGGUGUGGGCAGGAAGGGGCGAGCAGCGGACUAUCAGGAGCUGAGAGCGCGGCUGCAGCAGCGACUGGAGGAGCUGAGGAAGCGGAGGAACGCGGAGAGAGCCUCUGCUGCUAGCGAGUGGCGGAAGAAACAGAGGGAGACGGGCGCUGAGGGGGACAAGAAGGGGAAGAAGGGGGGGAAGGAGCGGAAGAAGGGGAAAGGAGGCGUCGGGGGUGGGGGUGAGAGGGAGGGUGCGGUGGUGGGUGGUAAACGGAAGCAGCAGGAGAGGGAAGGGGAUGGGGGGAAGGAGGGGAAGAAGGAGCGGAUUGGGAAGGAGAAGGGUGGAGGGAAGGGAGGAAGAGGAGGGCUAGUGGGAGCAGCAGCAGCAGCAGCAGCAGGAGGAGGAGGAGGAAGAGCAGGGGGGGGAGGAGGGGAGGGGCAUGGGUUAGCAGAUGAUGAGGUGAUUCCUUUGGAUCUGGAGUUUGGGCGGGUGAAGCUGGGGGAUAAGGCAGCAGCAGCCGGGCCGGGGAUGGGAGGCGGGAAGAAGGGGAAGAAGGACGGCGGGAAGGUAUCUGCCAAGAAGCUUCUGGAGCAAGCGGCUAAGAUUCAGGAGAAGCUCAAGGGGCGGAAGCUGGGAGAUAAGGCGCUGGCUGAAGUGGAGACCCACCUGUGGAAUGCGGCGAGCAGCAGGGCGGCAGGCAGCAAGGUGGCUGUGGGUGAGACCCACCUGUGGAACGCGGCGAGCAGCAGGGCGGCAGGCGGAAAGGUGUUUGACGAUCCCAACAUGCUCAGCAAGCAGCAGAAGAGGGAGCAGCGGCAGAAGGAGAAGAGCGCCAAGCUAUGGAAGGAGAGGCAGAUGGCAGUGCGUAAAGCAAUGAAGGACAGACAGGAGAGGCAGAUGGCAGUGCGUAAAGCAAUGAAGGACAGACAGGACAAGCGAAAGGGGAACAUUCAGGAGCGGAAGGACAACAAAAUUGCCGCUAAGAUCGCUCGGAGGGAGAAGAAGCUGAUGCGGCCGGGCUUUGAAGGGCGGGCAGGGGGCACAGCGUUGAAUGCUCAAGCAGCAGCACCCACACCAUAA